UGAACAUUGGCAACAUUGAAAUUUAAAAAAGAAAAUCAAUGGCGGACAAGCUAUUGUAAAUUAACUGUGUGCAUGGUUGGUUUGUUGCAUUUCGUGAAAAUAAUUGACCGAUUUGCAGUCUAAAAAGGUAAAAUAUGCGUCGCAAAAGUGAGCGUGCCGCCAGUAAAAAGGCUAAGGCUUCUCCAGAGAAAAAGGUUGAAAAAGCGAAACGUACUAGAACAAGACGAAGUCGCAAGCAGUCUACAUCUUCCGAUAAUGAUUCUGACAAGGGGAGCCCAGUUCGUGAAGUAGAGACAGUCGAGGAAACUGUUAAAGAGGUACCUACUACACCCGUUAAGGAAGAUAGUCCUGAGGAUGCACCGGACCAGGUAUGGCAAGUUAAAACAGCUGAAGGUUCCGGAGACGUGGGUGAGAUUCAAAAAUUAAAAAUAUGUCUGACUCGACCACCAUCUACUCCAGAAAGAGUAGAUAGAUCCCCGCGUAGCAAGAGGAAGCAUUCCCGCGCAACGAGCUCUAGCGAUACUCCCAGUACUGAAGGCACCGACGAGAAAAGGAAAAGUCGGCGCUCGAAGAGAAAUCGAGAGUCGCGAGACGAAUCAGAUAAAAAUCACGAUAGCCAGGAGGAACCUGAUGUAGACACUGAAUCAACGGUAGAAAAAACGGAAAAUGAAAUCAGUCAAAGUACUGAGGCCAAGCAAGUAUCUACAUCAGAUGAGACUCCUAUGUCUACUACUAAUGAAGAAGCCAAGGUAGAGGAAAGUGAAACAAAAGAAGUGCCACAAAAAGAGGAGACAAGUGGUGAAACUGAGUCACAAAACAAAUCUUCAGAUGCUGACACUACAGUAGCUUCACCAAAAAAUGAAGCUCUGAAUGAUCAAUCUGAUGUAAUUACUACAGAAAAAGAAAGUGCGGAGCAGCAGAGGGCUGACUCAGUUGAGAAAUCUGAAGUUCUAGAAAUACAUGCCGAUGAAAGUAAAAUAGAAUCUUCAGAAUCUCAACUGAAUAAGCAAGAAGAGGGGAGCUCUCAGGAGGAUGAAGGAAGCAAUUCUAAACAACACCAGGAUAGGGCAUCAACCGAUCGUGAGGUAAGUAUUACUCAAGAUAUAACUGAACAAAGUGUUUCUGAUGGAUUAAAGUCUGCCAGUGAAGACACAGCUAAAAGUACUAAUGAAACUGAUGUUCUAGAAAGCUCUGAAAAUGAUGCAAAGAAGAAAGCGAGGAAGAUUUCUGUAGACUCCAAUAAAGAUAAAGAUGAAUCAGUAGAAAGUAAUAGGAAUAGGGAACUUGAGCGCUCCGAGUCUACACAAUCUACAGAGGAAGGUAUUCAUAAUGGUCAGGCAGCACCCAUUGUUAUAAGCAGAAAAAGGAAAUGGGGUUCAAGACCCAAAAUAACUACACAAAAGUCAAUUACUAUCUCUACAGAUGUACUUAAAGAAAUAAUACCCGAUGUAAAGCCAGUGGAAUUUGAUGAAGUGAUUGAAGAGAAGAAACACAAGAGAAUUGAAGUCACUGAAAAGAUUCAUAGACCUGUGUUGCCUAAGAUUGUAAUAGACAACACAGAAAACGUUGAAAUGAACAAUAAAGAUCAUGAUAAUAAAGAAAAAGAAAAUAUUAAGUCCAGAGAAUCCAAUUUAUCUACAAAUCGUAGAAUAUCCAUUGUAAAAGACAAUGACAGUAUAAUAACAAGACCACCCAGUCCUCCGAGACAUAAACAGUCAAGUAUCUUAUACAUUACCAAUUUGGUGCGGCCAUUUACAUUGCCGCAAUUGAAGAAUUUGCUGCAGAGAACAGGAAAGAUUGUGGAAAAUGGAUUUUGGAUAGACAGAAUAAAGUCAAAAUGUUUUGUUCAGUAUGAUAAUGAAGAUCAAGCAGUAGAGACACGACAUGCAUUGCAUGGUGUCACUUGGCCUGUGUCAAAUCCUAAAACAUUACAAGUGGACUUUUCUUCUGAAGAGGCAUUUGAGAAGGCCAGGUCAAGUGAAGAAGCUGAAGGUGUUCCAACUUCAACCAUUCCAGGAACUGUUGAGGAUUGGCUUCGGGAGCAAGACCUGAAGAGAGAACGAGGGGAGCUAGAUAAGCCAUGGGAGCGGAAAGCGGCAAUGCGCGAAUGGGAUGUUGGUAAGAACGACAAAGAUAAUAAGGAGAAGGACAUGAGACCGCGCAAGGACGAGCGGCCCCUUGACAAAAGGCGACACCGCUCUCAGGAGCGUAGCCCUGAGCCUGCACGGAAAUUCAAGAAGAAAGAGGAAGAGGCGCCAGCAAAAUUACUUGAUGAUCUGUUUCGUAAAACUAAAACAACUCCGUGCAUAUAUUGGCUGCCACUUUCCGCCGAAACGAUCGCAAUAAAAGAGGAGCAGCGGCGGCAGCACAUGGCGGAGCACGAGCGGCGCAUGCAGGAGCUGCGCCGCCCGCAGCCGCGCCGCCACUAUCGCGCUGGCGAACUGUCGUCAGCCGCUGCCGGUGCAACUAAUUGUGAUAUUAUUUUAAGGAAAAUAAUAAUGGCACCAGGUCUUUGGUGGUGCGUUUGCGCCACUUUGGUGGCGGCGGCGACAGCGCAGAAUCCUUUCACACUUCAAGAAGCAGUUACUGGCCAGUUUUCACAGCGAGGAUUUAAUGGCAGAUGGAUAUCUGAUACCGAGUUCACGUUCACGGUGGAGGAUGAAAAUGAUAAUGGUAUUUAUGUGUUUGAUGUCCCCACACAAGAGCGUCGCGUCCUGGUGGAGCAUGAUCUAAUGCAACGUCUUGCUACUUCGAAUCCUAUACUAUCGGCGGACAGACAAUACAUUCUUGCUUCAAGUGAAGUCCGUCAAGUGUACAGAUAUUCAAGGACCGCCAUAUACACGUUAUAUGACAUAGCAAACGAUGCAGUUAACAGCAUCGCCAACGGUGAACGUCUGCAACUGUGCAUCUUCGGAGGCGGCCACUCAUUGGCUUACGUUCUCAACAACAAUCUGUAUUACCUGCCGGAGAACGCCGCAUCAGCUAUACAGAUAACUGAUGAUGGCAUCCCUGACGUCGUGUACAAUGGACAUACUGACUGGGUUUAUGAAGAGGAUGUCAUGUACUCCGGUCAAGCGACGUGGUUCUCCACUGAAGGCUCGUACCUAGCGUUUGCCAGUUUCGACGACACGAAUGUCGAUACAUACUCCUACUACUACUAUAACCCCAAUGACGUCAACAUCACCCAUGAAAUCACAGAUGAUCUGCUGUACCCGGAUCUAGUGCACCUCAAGUAUCCUAAGGUCGGCCACGACAACCCGACAGUGAAACUUCGCGUGGUAGACUUAACCACACUAACAGCUGACAACAUCACCUUCAUCGACCUCCCUGCCCCUGAGGAGGUGGUCACAGCAGACCAUAUCCUCGGUGGGGUGACCUGGACAACCGACAAUGAGGUGGCAGCCCACUGGCUCAACCGUCGGCAGAAUCAUACCGUGCUGCUGAUUUGUCAGAUUAGUAACGGUGUUGUUGCUGGAUGUCAGGAAGAGAUCCGCGAGCAAUCCAACGGUUGGGUCCCAAUUGCGUUACCAAGAUUCGGUGGUAACGGUGAGUUCUACGUGUCGCUGCGCUGGUCGGAGCGGCAGACGGACGGCAACAGCUGGCAGCACCUGUACGUCAGCCAGCGGGUCGGCGGCCAGGUCGUGUCCAGCUCCGUUACUCCUGGCGCCUUCACGGUCAUCAACUUCAUCGGCAUGAACGAGGAGAACAUUGCUUACUACUACACGCGCACAGUGACCGACCAGCCGUGGCGCUCGGAGGUGCACAUGGCUGGGGCCCGUGACGGCUGCAUCAGCUGCUCGCUGACCAUGCCUGAAGGCGGCGAGUGUUCUUGGGCCACAGCCACGCUCAGUACUCAGGGCCGGUACAUGACAAUCACUUGCUCUUCGCCCACUGAACCUGCUGCUGUCUUCAUUGUUGAUCCUUGGGAAAACACUCUUAUAGAGAUCUGGGAAGAGAACACGGUAGUGCGCCAACGUCUCCUGGGCAAGUCUCUGCCGGAGAUGCUGAUAUUCACAGUCCCUCUGGAAGACGGAACACCCGCGCCCGUUCGUCUUCACCUGCCCCCAGGGCUAGAUGUCAACGACACUGACACCAAAUACCCCCUCAUAUUCUACGUGUAUUCCGGCCCUAAUACCAAUACUGUGUACGAGACUUUUACCGUUGGUUACCACUCGUACCUCACGACCACCCGGAACUUUAUCUACAUGGUAGCGGACGGUAGAGGGUCAGGACUUAAGGGGCAGGACAUCUUGUACUCUCUCAACAACGCGCUUGGAACCGUCGAAGUCGAGGACCAUUUCGUUAUCCUCAGACAAGUGCUGGACCGCUAUCAGUUCAUCGACCGCGAAAGGAUUGGCAUCUGGGGUCACAGCUACGGCGGGUACGCGACGCUGCUGACCCUGCUGCACGACGACGAGCAUCUGUUCAACUGUGGCAUAUCCGGCGCGCCUGUCACGUCUUGGUUGUACUACAACACAAUGUACACGGAGCGCUAUAUGGGCUUGCCGACCGAAGAGGACAACCUGGCGGGCUACCAGGCUGGUGACGUCACACUGCUCGCUGACAAGCUGGCGGGCCACAAGUUCCUCAUCAUGCACGGCAACGCCGACGACAACGUGCACUACCAGAACGCUGUCAAGCUGCAGAAAGCUUUGGCUGAGAAGAACAUUCCCUUCGAACAAAUGUCGUACCCGGAUGAAGCUCACAGCUUGGCUGGAGUCCCGAUGCAUCGGUACAACGCUAUGGACCACUUCUGGACCAAGUGUCUGAACAUCACGUCCUAACUGAUAUAGCUGACUUUUCUUCACAAUUUAUAUAAGUACCUACACAUCACGUAUUUGGGUUGUUCUUCUUUUUUAUCGACAAUGAUCUGUCCUUCGCUCUGCUUCUGAUAAGUUAUGUUUUAGAAUUUUAUUUCAUGUUUUGAUUGUCCAAAAAUAUAGUUAUCUUAUUAUACUCAAAAUACAAGCAAAAUACUAAUCGGUUCCUCAAUUAGUUAUUAACGUAGCUUGAUCGUUUUUCACAAAAUUAUGUGACAGAGUGGUAAAUUGAAAUGCUGUCUCCGAUGAAAAGGGCCACUCUGUCACAAUAUUUUUUGGAAUGCGCCUGCAAAGAAAAGUAUGUUACCAAGAUAAAGAGAACCACUAAAUAGUCCUCUACAGACACAUCUUUAUAUGAUGUUUUAAAAUAUUUAUUGCCGUUAUAAUUUUAAAGAUGUUAAAUCCGAUAAAUCGAGAAAAUGACUUUUUAUUGUCGAUAAAAAAGAAGAACGACCCAUUUAAGAAUUGUACAAUAAUUUAAUAAAACGUAAUUUCUUCUAGUAUUUCAGUUUGUUUUUGUAUACUGUCUAGCACAAGAAAAAAAACAUACACUAAACUCUUUCUUACCUAUUACUGAUAAAAAUAUGCAGUGGAAGAACUCUAGCUGGUGAAAACAAGUUUACAUUUAUGUUAUGUGAUAAUGAAGUCGCCUUUGGUUUAAUAUUUAAGUCGUGUAUUCAUUGUACACUCGAACCCUAAUCCGACUUUUGUUCUUUCGCAAUGACAUAUCUUUAUUGAGAUGAGGAUGUGUCGUCGAAGCAGAAUCGAGGUCACGAGUCGGCGAUUCUACUUUUACCUCCUACAUUGGACAUAAAUACAAACCUGACUGGUUUAUAACACUAUUAUUACGUCACAAAACACGUUUAAACAUACCAUUAAUGUAUUUAUUACUUUACAUAUUAAUAAAAUGUCUUUUAAAUAAAUUGUUUUUUACA